AUGAUAUUUGACCAACAGCCGUGGGGAAGACACCAUGUUCCAGGUAUCAGAUCCGCUUUCCGCCGUCUACUGGCUCCGCUGCUAACACUUCUCUCUCUGAACCAGCGUCUGCGAGGCGCCAUCGAUGCUCGCAUCGCUGAAGAGCAGGCCCGGCAAAAGGCUUCUCAGGAAGGGACUCCGAGAUCUAGUCUAGGCCGUAAUCCAUCUACCAGAACAACGCGACAACGGAGCAGCAGCACACUUCCCACCAGGAGUCCUGACCCGACCGAAUUCGAAUUUCCCAAUGCCGACGAUGAUGGUCCCAGCAGAUCGACGACUCCUCGACAGGAGGCUGCCAGCGUCCAGGAACCCCCUCCAUCAGAAGCGACCGAAAGUGAAAAGCAGACGGCCGACGACUCUGUAGACAAAGAAUCUACCCCUGAUGCCGAACCUAAGCCUGCGCCGACACCAGAACUACCGGCUGACGUGCGAGCAAAGUUGCGCCGAUUGGACAAGAUUGAUUCUAAGUAUCACGAUCUUUUAAAGGCCUACAAAAUAGCACAUUCCAGAGUCCUCUUGAUCGAGCCGUUCGAAGCCGCUCUCAAGGAGAACACGCCGCUGACCAGCAUUAAUGAUCCGAAAGCCUUGACGGAAUACCUCAACCAGAUGUCGCUGAAGAACGACAUGAUCGUGGACGAACUAAAACGGGUUACGAAAGACAAAGACAACCUGAAGAAGAAGGUCGACGAGGCAGAAAAGUCUGCCAAAGAUGCCUGGGAUGAGGUCACCAAUCUCAAGAAGGACCGCAAGGACACCGGUGAUGACACAGAGGACGCAGCACCCGUUUCUCCUGCCAAGACCAAGCCGCAAACGACUUCCAAAUCGCCGGAUGCUGAGGAAUCUGAGGACUUUUUCUCUUUUGAUAAUGAAAUCCCGCGCUUAGAGCACGAGGUCGAAGAAAAAGAGACGGAAAUCACCAAGCUCAAUUCGGAAGUCGGAAACUUGAAGCGAGAUUUGGCUGUGGCACGCGAAUCGACGGAAAGCAUGGUCGUCUCACUAGAGUCUGCGACUAGAGAACUGGAAGGUCUCCGAGACUUUAAAGAAAAGAACGAGUCCCAAGUCGAAGACUUGAAGUCGGUGAACCAGACAGAGAUUGCUCAAAUCAAGUCGAAGCUAGUCGAAGCAGAAUCGGCUGUAGAGAGCUCCAAUACUGCGCUUUCGGAACUCAAGUCUCAGCUGCAAGAAAAGACCGAAGAGCUGGAACGCCUGCAAAAAGAAUCGACGGAUGCUGCAAAGGGUGCAGAUAACUCUGAUCUCAGCGAGAAAUUAUCUCAAACCGAGAAGGAGAGAGAUGACAAGGAAAAGCGCCUAGGGGUUAUGCAAGGUCUCAUGGACAGUUUGAAAACUCAAAUCAAAGAAGGUGAAAGUGUUGUAUCGUCUCUUCGUGCAGAACUUGUCGAAAAAGGUUCACGAGUCGACGAGUUACAGAACCUGGUCAACUUUGUUGACGGUGGCUUCGGUGCUAAUCCUAAAUGGAAAUCAGCACGCGAGCUAGUUGUUGCUGGAAAGACUGCUAGCUUUGAUGAUGUUCGAAAAAGUUUGGCAGAGUCUGAUACAAAGACUGCUACGGCUCCCCCGACUACCAAGACGGAGAUCCAAACUGAAAACCAGGGUGGGAAUUCCGGUGGCUCGAAGAAGAAAAAGAACAAGAAGAAGAAGGGCGGUAAAGGAAACGAAGAGCCGUCUGCUUCGAAGGACACGCCUGGAGAAUCUCCCGCUACAGUAGAGCCUGCACAGGCGGCAGCCCCAAGCACAGUCGAUGCCGCGUCGUUAGAGAAGAAAAUCGAAGACCUCACAGCUCAAGUUGCCGAGAAGGAUGCCGCCAUUGAGCGUCUACACUCGAAACUGAAGGGCGAGGAUGAUCUCAAAGAAGAAAUCGAGUCUCUACGCGACGACCUGCUUCACAUUGGCCAAGAACAUGUAGAGUCCAAGGACUUGGUCAAAUCUUUGCAAGCAGAGAAACAAGCUCUAGAAGAGACGCUUGCCAAGUUGGAAAAAGAGGCCGCUGACCUCCGGGUGAAUGCAUCAAAAGAUGCAGACUCGCAGAAGUUGCACAUUGAUCUUAAAACUGAAUUUGAAGAUUUGAAGGUCAAAGCAACCACUCUCGAAAAGGAUCUUUCAGCAGCCCAGCAGCUAGCAGCUUCCCGAUUCAAGGACCUGACAGACCUGAGAAACACUAUGCAGAAGCUGACCCCCGAACUCCGUAAUCUCCGUGCCGACUCUGCUGAACUAAAGUCUACGAAGGAGGAUCUCAACAAAAAGACAACGGAGUUGGAGAAACUUGACAAUGAGCACGAACGCCUCCGCACAGAAAUGAAGUCUCUUAAUGCAAAUUUCACGGAUCGCAAAAAUGAAGUCAAGACACUCAACCAGAAGAUCCGGCAAGAAACGGACAGCCGCCUAAAGGCAGAAGAGACUUUGUCCGUUACAAAAUCGGAAAUGCGCCAGCUAGAAACAAAGAAACAACAGGCUGUGGAGGCAAGUGAGCGAAUUACCAAAGACCUUUCGAAGACUCAAGAGGAACUUGAAACUUCGCGCACCAAGCUACGAGAAGCCGAGGAGAAAUUAGCCCAGCUCGGUCGAGAUACGAACAGCCUUCGAGAAGAAAUCGAGCUAAAGACGGCUCAAUAUGCGAGCGCCCAAAGUUUAAUGGACAGCAUGCGGGUUCAGGAAACCGAAAUGGCUACGCGGAUAAAAGGCAGUGAAAGUCUGGAAGCAGACUUGGCCGAAGCUCAUCGACACUUGAGUGAGCGUAGCCGUGAGUGUGAGACCAUGCGCCGUUUGUUGAGUGAAGUCAAGAACGAAACAGACAAAAAGAUUCGCGAGUCCGAUGAAAAAUACAAGACUGCUAUCGAAGAACGCGACAACGCAGAAGACGAGAAGAGGAUGACGGAUCGACGUAACGCAAUAGAGCUGGAUAACCUCAAAAAGGAAUUACGAGAGAAUAAAAAGGCAUUGCAGAAUGCAGAGGAAGACAGAGAGGAAUUGGAAUUCUCUAAGAGAGGUUUGAAGCGACAAAGAGAGGAAUUGGAAGCUCAGUCUGAGCGAUCAACGCAAGAAGCGAGGGAGGUGCGCCAGGCGAUGGAGAAGCUACGUGAUGCCUUGGAUGAGAGUGAGAAGCAGGUCCAAGAAAUGGAAAAGGAAAAAUCGGAAUUGCGCCGGUCUAUCGAAGCAAGCAACAAUCGGAUUGAAAAGCUACGCAAGGCCAACAAGGCUUUGACUGAAGAUUUUAGAUCUGGCCAAAACACUCUCAAACGACCUUCGACGACCGAGUCUGGUGCUCACUCAUCACGGUCUUCAAUUGAUUCUCCAAGUCACAGGGCGGUCUCGCGUGGCCGGGAUUCGUCUGCGACGCGAAGCGAGACCCCCUCUGGGUCUGGUGGAGCUCAACUGGACUAUAUCUACCUGAAAAACGUCCUUUUACAAUUUUUGGAGCAGAAGGACAAGAAUUAUCAAAAGCAGCUGAUCCCAGUGCUGGGUAUGCUGCUUCAUUUUGAUCGCAAUGAUGAACAAAAAUGGAUGUCUGCGGUUAUGUCACGGAAUCGCAUCGCAUUCCAAGGCUUAUUAUUACCUGUAACAAUGUCUGACCAGCCAGUUAUCCGCCUGGCAACACCUGAGGAUGUUCCAAUCAUCCUGCAGUUCAUUCGUGAGCUUGCAGACUACGAGAAUGCACUACACGAAGUAGAAGCCACACAUGAAUCGCUUCUCGCGACAUUAUCAUUCCCGGGGACGCCGCCCAAAAAGGGCUCAACCUACACAGCCCUGAUCACACCUCCUGCGACAGCGGAAAACCCCUCUCCGGUGCCCGUAGGUAUGGCUCUGCAUUUUUACAACUACUCAACAUGGCGUUCAGCACCGGGCAUUUAUCUCGAAGAUCUCUACGUGCAGCCUGCCGCGCGGGGCAAGGGGUAUGGGUUUCGGCUUCUGAAGUUUCUGGCCAAAGAAGUGAUCAGCAUUGGAGGGCGCAGACUCGAGUGGAGCGUGCUCAAGUGGAACGAGCCUAGCAUCAAGUUCUACAAGUCGAUUGGGGCGAAUGCGAUGGAGGAGUGGGAGAAGAUGAUGGUUGAGGGAGAGGCCUUGACCAAGCUGGCUGCGGAUUUGUAG